CAAAACUCCCAAGAAAAGCAAACAUGGGCAUUGUCAAGAACGGAAAGGUUGUUGUGUUGCUUAACGGCCGCUUCGCCGGCCGCAAGGCUAUCGUCGUGAAGACGUACGACGAGGGCAAGGGCGACCGCAAGUUCGGCCACGCCAUCGUUGCCGGCAUUGACCGCUACCCGCGCAAGGUGACCCGCGCCAUGGGCAAGAACAAGCUUAAGAAGCGCUCGAAGGUUAAGCCGUUCGUGAAGUACGUCAACUACAACCACAUCAUGCCCACCCGUUACGUCGCCGACAUCGACCUGAAGAAGGUCCUUGACGACGAGGUGCUGGCCAACCCGGAGACCCGCAAUGAGUCCCGCAAGACCAUCAAGAAGGUGUUCGAGGAGCGCUACCUGAACCAGGCCGCGUGCAAGUCGGAGAAGAAGGCUGCUGGUGUCAGCUUCUUCUUCAAGAAGCUCCGCUUCUAAGUGCAAUCUACUGUUUGCGUCUAGAGGCUGGUGGAAGUCGGGGUGUUAACAUAAAUGCAACCCUUUCCAGUUCCGUUCCGUUUCGGGGAAACAAACCAUA